ACACCCCCACACAGACACCCCCACACCCUGUCACACACACCUCUACAUACAGACACCCUGUCACACACCGUGUCUCACACAGACACUCUGUCACCCCCACCCUGUCACCCGCACACAUACCGCCACCCACACACACAGACACCCCCACCCCCCCCCAUGGACCACAUGAGGUCAAGAGCGGGCACAACCUGUGAGUCUGUGACACUCUGUCACAUCCACACCCACACAGACACCCAACCUGUCACACCCACAGACCCACACCCCCGUCACCCCAUCACACCCACACAAACACUAUCACACACACCCCCUGACAACCACACACCACGUCACACCGUCAGACCCCCACAACCAUGUAUGACGAAGUCGGGUUUUAUUCAUCUUAUGUUGCACGUGAGUCUUACUGUGCUAUACUAAUCCUGUGUGUGCCUCAGUUUCCCUGUGUGCUGCCCCACUACUUCGGGGAUGGGAAUUGGGGGUGUGAUUUUGCUGAGGCCCUGGGGCAGGUGAAGCUGUUUGCACCUGCGUAACCUGAGAGCCAGGACGGGAGGUGCGACCAGGUGACACCUUUGGCCUGGGAAGCGCGACACAGAGAAGGAGGAGGAGCAUGAGGGGGCGGCUGGAGACUGGCCGUCUGCUUGGGGGGACUGGAAGAUGGGGCGUCCAGGGCGCCUCAUCACGGAGACACACACGCCACACACACAGCCGCACACCCCCCCUGCAACAAACACACACACACCCCCGCCCCAGACACGUGCACACGUAUGUCACAGUCCUGCCCGGCCACACACCCCGUCCCAGAUACACCUGCAUGCACACCGCACUCUGGCACACCCCCAUCACAGACACACACAGCCCACUGUCACAGGUGCCCCCCCACCCCCAUUCCAACCCCUUCCCCAAAGUGCCCGCCCCAACUCUGCCCCCUCCUCCCGUUCAGUGCCACUUCCUCGUACCACCCGGCCUGGAGCAUCACAGCACGUUCACACCCGCCCCCUCACGUGGACAACCACCCCACAAUCACAUACCACAUUCGCACCCCCCCACCACAAUGUCACACCCACAGCAGCAGGAAGCUGGGCUCCGAUGCAUUUUGCAAACAAUCCGGUUACUUAAUAAUGGGAAUUUCCCAGCCCUGGGGCUGUGUUUCCCGUCAGCCUCCCCCCGGGGUGGAGGGGGACAGGAUGGGGUUUCCCGCCCCCCUGGCCCGGCCUGCGGGGAAAUCAGCCAAAAAUGCUUUGUGCCAAAUUGGGGGAGAGGUGGAAAAGCCACCCAAUCGCAGGUUGGGUGUGUCAGGCUGAGUGGGGGGGCGGGCGUGGGUGUUGGUGCAAGUGUGUAAGGCCUGCAGGUGGGUGUGAAUGGAGGUGUAUGGGGUGUGCAUGAGUGAGGGUGUGCAGGAACAGAGUGGGAAUGUGUUGAUCUGCAGGGUGUGUGUGUGUACCUUUGUGUGUUUGUUAUGGUGCGAGGGUGUCUGUUUACACGGCUGUGAAUGUGUGUGCAGUGUGUUUAGGUGAGUGAGCAUUGGGGGGGUGUACCUUUGUGUGUUUGUGUUUGUUAUGGUGCGAGGGUGUCUGUUUACACGGCUGUGAAUGUGUGUGCAGUGUGUGUAGGUGAGUGAGCAUGGGGGGGGAUGUACCUUUGUGUGUUUGUGUUUGUUAUGGUGCGAGGGUGUCUGUUUACACGGCUGUGAGUGUGUGUGCAGUGCAUCAGUGUGCAUUCGUGUCUGUGACUCGUGUGUGUAGGUGAGUGAGCGUUCAGGGGGUGUGUGUGUGGGGCAGGGGGUGCCAGUGCCUGUGCACAGGGACCAGGUAACCCCCCGCAGGUGGCAGACAGCGGCCAGGCCGUACGUACCGUGUAACGCCCGUCGGUUGACACUUUCACCCCAAAGGGAGAGGAGCCGCCAGAUCCAGGGACAGACCUGGUGCCCCUCGGCCAUGGGGCCAGCAGCCUCGCCCCGGACGCAGGGACGCCCCAAGCGAUGCCUUGCUGGGACCCCCGGCAGCCCCCCCGGGGCUGGUCUUAUCAGGGAUCAGCCCCCACCCCGCCAGGGUUAGGGUGUUCUCCCCUCCCCCUGGGGAAUCUCCUCCCUGGCCCGGGGGCGGGAUUAGGACGUUCUCACUCCCCCCCCCCAGCCUCCUCCCUGGCUUGUGGGGGACGGGACAGGGCACGUGGAGCAGCCCAGCCCAGUCUGAGCCUGGACUCUCCCCAGAGAAGCGGCAGGAUCCUGGUUCCCAUGGACGGGCCUGGCUGGACCGCGCCCCCCAACGCCUCGGUGCCGCCCCCCAACGAGACGGGCUGCGGGGAACGGGCCGACUUCCAGUACGUGCUGUUCCCCGUGGUUUACAGCCUGGUCUUCGUGCUGGGCCUGGCCGGGAACGGGUCCGUGCUCUGGUAUUUCCUGCGCACCCGGACGGCCACCGCCCCGGCCAACGUCUUCCUGGCCAACCUGGCGGCCCUCGACCUGCUCUUCGUGCUGACGCUGCCCUUCCGGGCCGGCUACCACGCCCUGCGCAACGACUGGCCCUUCGGCGAGGCCACGUGCAAGCUCACCGGCUCCCUCUUCUACGCCAACCUGUACGGCAGCUCCCUCUUCCUCAGCUGCAUCUGCCUGGAGCGCUACGUGGCCGUGGUGCACCCGCUGCGCUCGCUGCGCCUGCGCCGGCCUCUCUACCGCGUGGCCGCCUGCCUGGCCGUCUGGGCCCUGCUGGCCGCCGCCGGCCUGUACCUGGCGCUGCGCGGGCCCCUGACCCGCCCCUUCCCCGACGGGCGCCUGGCCUGCCUGGAGAACUUCUCCAGCGACUCCUGGAGGGGCCGCAUCUCGGGCGUCAGCCUCUUCGCCGCCGCCGUCGGCUUCCUGCUGCCGCUGACGGUCAUCGGCGUCUGCUACCCGCUCAUCGCCCGCCGCCUGCUGGACACGCCCGGCAUGGCGCCCGGCUCGCGGGCCGCCCGGCGCAAGGCGCUGCGCACCGUGCUGGUGGUGCUGGCCGUCUUCCUGAUCUGCUUCGCCCCCUACCACCUCACCCAGGUGGUGCACACCCUGGGCCGCGUCGGGGCGCUGCAGGGCUGCCGGCUCCUCCGCGGCACCUACGUCGCCCGGCGCGUCACCAUGGCCCUGACCAGCCUCAACGCCUGCCUGGACCCGCUGGUCUAUUACUGCGCGGCCGAGCGCUUCGCCUGGAGCCCGCCCUGCCGCGCCGGGUGCUGCACGGGCCGGCCGGCCUCCUCCGGCGACACCCAGGGCACGGGGCUGCGGGCGCUGGACAAUGGGGCCUCCCGGGGGGCCCAGGCCGUGACAGGCACCUCGUCCCACGACAAGGCCUGAAGGGGAGACACUAAUGGACCCCCCCCCGCCCCCCGCUUGCUGCACCGUGGACUCCGGGGCCCCUCGGAGCCGGGCUGCUGCGUUCUCAGCUGCUGGACAAGGGAGGGAUGGUGAACAGUGUUACUGGGGUGUGUACGUCCGUGUAGCGUUACGUGUGCGCAGUCGUGUGGGCGUGUGUGUGAGCGCGCGGCCGUGCCAAAGGCCGAGGGGUCGGCGUGUGCGUGUGUGUGAGCGCGUGGGCGUGCCAAAGGCCGAGGGGUCGGCGUGUGUGUGUGUGUGUGUGAGCGCGCGGCCGUGCCAAAGGCCGAGGGGUCGGCGUGUGUGUGUGUGUGUGAGCGCGCGGCCGUGCCAAAGGCCGAGGGGUCAGCGUGUGCAUGUGUGUGAGCACGCGGGCGUGCCAAAGGCCGAGGGGUCGGCGUGUGUGCGUGUGUGUGAGCGCGCGGGCGUGCCAAAGGCCGAGGGGUCGGCGUGUGUGUGUGUGUGUGAGCGCGCGGCCGUGCCAAAGGCCGAGGGGUCAGCGUGUGUGUGUGUGUGUGAUCGCGCGGCCGUGCCAAAGGCCGAGGGGUCGGCGUGUGUGUGUGUGUGUGAGCGCGCGGCCGUGCCAAAGGCCGAGGGGUCAGCGUGUGCGUGUGUGUGAGCACGCGGGCGUGCCAAAGGCCGAGGGGUCGGCGUGUGUGCGUGUGUGUGAGCGCGCGGCCGUGCCAAAGGCCGAGGGGUCGGCGUGUGAGUGUGUGAGAGCGCGCGGGCGUGCCAAAGGCCGAGGGGUCGGCGUGUGAGUGUGUGUGAGCGCGCGGCCGUGCCAAAGGCCGAGGGGUCAGCGUGUGUGUGAGCGCGCGGCCGUGCCAAAGGCCGAGGGGUCAGCGUGUGUGUGAGCGCGCGGCCGUGCCAAAGGCCAAGGGGUUGGCGUGUGUGUGUGUGAGAGCGCACGGGCGUGCCAAAGGCCGAGGGAUUGGAGUCUGUGUGUGUGAGAGAGCACGGGCGUGCCAAAGGCCGAAGGGUCAGCGUGUGUGUGUGUGAGAGCGCACGGGCGUGCCAAAGGCCGAAGGGUCAGCGUGUGUGUGUGUGAGAGCGCGCGGCCGUGCCAAAGGCCGAGGGGUCUGUGUGUGUGUGUGUGAGCAUGCGGGCGUGCCAAAGGCCGAGGGGUCAGCGUGUGCGUGUGUGUGAGCGCAUGGCCAUGCCAAAGGCCGAAGGGUCAGCGUGUGUGUGUGUGUGAGCGCACAGGUGUGCCAAAGGCCGAGGGGUUGGGGUCUCUGUGUGUGAGCGCACGAGUGUGCCAAAGGCCGAAGGGUCAGUGUCUCUCUCUUCACGCUGCCAUUUGUCAGGACCAUCAGAUCUCACUGAAUUGCCCGGACGUGUGCGUGCGUGCGAGGGAGUCUGCGGGUGUGCUAGGUGUGACUGCGUGUGUGCCAGGCUGUGAGUCUGUGUGCGUGGUACAGGAGCGUGUGUGUGUUUGAUCCUCGUGACUGGCCGAGUGUGCGUCUCCUGGGCUGUGACACUGCGUGGGACUGUCCUGUGGGGAAGGGUGCGACUUGGGAGGCUUGUCCCUGCCGUAUUACGGGUGUGUGUGUGUGUGUGUGUGUACGUGAAACAGAGAGACAGACCCUGAGCAGGGGGCUGCUGGCAUCUGUGUGUCUUGGGGUGGAGGGAGUUGGCUGUGUAUGGUUGGGGCUCUUGCAGCUAGUUGUGUGUGUGACACUAGGGUGCUGGUUGUGCUGCUGUGUGUGUGCGACACUGUGGGGUGCUGGUUGUGCUGCAGUGUGUGUGUGACACUAGGGUGCUGGUUGUGCUGCUGUGUGUGUGCGACACUGGGGUGCUGGUUGUGCUGCUGUGUGUGUGUGACACUGUGGGGUGCUGGUUGUGCUGCUGUGUGCGUGCGACGUGUGUGGCUCUGACCGGGUGGUGGGGGAACCUCCCUGUGGUGUGUUUGGUUCCUUGCCCCC